AUGGGCGAGACUUUUUUAGACGCCACUCCAUCCCCUAGCAGUGCUAGCACACACAACCACUGCACCAAGGAUGAUGCUGUUCUUAUCCACCUAAUCUUAUUUUUGCGCAUGGAGAUCCCUGUAUCUUCCGAACGUCUAAUCAAUCGUCUUAAUCGCUGCAAGAACCACGUUGUGCGCCACGGUCCUAUCCCCAUUAAAUGUAAGAAAUGGCUGGCCCGUGUCCACAGUGGAUCCGGCUCACGAUGGGUUCUUAUUACGGGGAUCACUAUUGUCCCUCUCCAUCCAUCGGGCCGGGAUGGUUAUCUUAAACGUUGGGCAACUCUGCAGAUCUCUAACAGAUUUACCCUAGCAUUGCUACGCUAUGUCUCCCGCUUUCUUCAAUUGGGUACGCCUAAAAACUUCCAAAUGGAAGACCUUUUGAUGAUUGUCAAUGUGAUUCUCUACGUUCUAUUAACGGUUUAUUUGAUUGAGGUUGAAAAGUAUGGGACCAAUGGCAUUCCCUUAGACAAAGUCGACCAGAUCAAACCUUCAGCGAUACCGGAUCUUAUCAAGGGUAGUAAACUAGUCAUUGUGGUAGAACAGCUAUGGCUCGGGGUCAUCUGGGGAUGCAAGGCCUGCUUGCUCUUGCUAUACUCGACCAUGACGUCUGGUCUUUCGCAACAUCGAAUUGUCAAACUUAUCGGCGCAUUUUGUGCACUGAGUUUCGUGCUAGUUGAAAUCCUCUUUUUCGCAGCAUGGUGUCACCCCUUUUCCGCCUACUGGUCGGUCCCACCAAAGAACAUACAGUGUUCCGUCUACCGCAAUCACCUCAUUCUAGUCCUGGCCCUGAAUAUCGCCACGGACCUGAUGAUCAUGUGUAUCCCAUUGCCACUCUUGAUCAAGGCCAAGCUCAGCCUCACCAAGAAAAUUACCCUCUGUGCUGUUUUCUCACUGGGUAUAUUCGUCAUCCUCUGCUCCAUCCUAUCCAAGUACUACUCGAUAUCGAAUCCCUACGGAGACCGCUGGGUAGACUGGUACGUCCGAGAAGCAGCAACCGCGAUCGUCGUGGCAAAUAUCCCCCAAACAUGGACCCUGUUCCGCCGGAUGUUCAACUGGAAGUCCUUCUUGGCACACUCGUCAUAUAACCGCAGCCACAGCCGCAGCAAGUACACGAACCGUCUUGAUAGCUCCACCAUCCAUCUAUCGCGAUUUAAAGGUGGGGAUAAGUCGCACACGCGCUCCGUUGAUAUCACGGCGUCUGGGGAACAUAUUAAUCCGGACCAGCCGUUGGAAAUCUGGGAGCAUCGCCAGUUCCAGGUCACGAAUGAACCGGGGGGAUCGAGCGAUAGCGGUAGUCAGAGUAGUGUUAGCUUGGAGUAUGAUACUACUGGACUAAAUCCUCAGGGGAAGACGACUGUGACGACAAGGUCGUAA